CUAUACGUCGCUGGUUAAUACCCAACAGACUUGAAAUUAAUGUUAUUUGUGAAAAUCAAAAUUGGAAAAUGGUGUUAAGGUGCAAUGUUAAAGGAUGCCGAAGAAUGUCUAGCAUGGAUAAAGAUCAUUCCUUCUUUCGAUUACCGAAGGAUGCCGAAACGCGUGAUAAAUGGUUGAAAUUCCUCGGACCAAAGAAUUGUUAUGGUAGCAUUCGAAUUUGUACGGACCAUUUUGACAAUGACCAGAUUAGAAAGAAAUUCCCAAGGCCGUUGUUAAUCCGAAACGCUCUACCAACCAUUAAACCAACCGAAAAAUCGUCCCAAAAAUCACAAAACCAGAAAUCUGUUGAAGGUAAACAUACAGAGUCGCGUUUGCCAGAAACAGCAGAACAGAACAGAGUAUCACCGCCACGAACACAGAUGAAAUUCCGCAUUACAGAUAAUCACACAGCGUCGCAUUUACCAGUAACAGCAGAGCAGAACAAAACAUCAUCCCCACGAACACAUAUGGAAUUUCGAGUUACAGAUAAUCACACAGAAUCGCGUUUGCCAGAAACAGCAGAAGAAAAUAAAAUAUCAUCCCCACGAACACAGAUGGAAUUCCGAAUUACAGAUAAUCAUACAGAGUCACAUUUGUCAGAAACAGCGGAACAGGACAGAGCAUCACCCCCACGAACACAGAUAAUCAAUAUACACGCCAAUAACGUAGGUCAAAUAGUAAUCUCAGAUGAGAACAGGAAAAUAAUUGUAAAUAUUAUUAAUGAUUCAAAAAACCCAGUAGCUACAUAUUAG